AUGUGCGAGCGCAGCAGUGCAGAGCAGCAGCCAUUGACAGCGCAGCCGGCUACCACCAGCCAGGAGCCGCUAUCGCCACCCCACCAGGCCAGGGAGCAGCCCGCUAACCCAGGCCAGGAGGCAGCCAGUCACCACCGGCCCAGGAGCGAAUUUCGGGCCCAGGCGCCGGGACCGUCCACCAGGCCCGGCGCAGACGCUCCACCAGGCCCCCGGCGGCAGACAGCUCCCCCAGGCCCAGGGCAGACAGCGACCCCGGCCAGGAGCAGACCGACGCUACCACCAGGCCCAGGCGCCCGCCGGUCCCCCCCGGACCGGCGCGCCGGUCCCCCCCGCCCCGGCUCCGCCAUCUCCCCCCCGGCCCGGCGCCGCUCUCUCCACCCGGCCUCGCGCGCCGCUCGCCCCCCGCUCAUUGCCCAUGUUUCACAAACAGGUGGGUCCCCGUUCCCACCUUCCUCCCCCCCGCGGCGCCACACCGGCCGUCUGCCUCCGUGCCCCUUGCCCGUGUCCCUGCCCCUCUGCCGCCCCCCCCCCCGCCCGCUGUUCCCGCCCCCUCCGGGCCCCCCCCCACCGCCCCCCUUUCCUCCCCCGGCUUUGUCCCCCCCUCCUCCUGGGCCCCUCCUCCACCUCUCGCUGGAUCAUCCCCCCGGCCUCCCGCCCUCCCACCCACCUGCCGUCCCCCCAAGGCCGUGGCUGCCCUUCCCACGGAGCCCGGCCCUUCUGCCGGCACGCCCGCGCCCCUCGCUGCCCCGCUCUUUUUCCCGUCGUGCCCCCGCUUGUGGCUGUCCCGGCCCCUGGAGUCUUGCCGCCCAUUCCGGCGCCAUCCACUGGUCUUGCCAGGUCCGGGGUCCCGGGGGGGCGGGGGCACCACACUGGUCAGAGCCCGGCGGCGGCCGGUACCCCCCGUGUGUGCCGGCCAAUUCCAGCUGCACGGCGUGGGGAGGUGGAGAGGGCCCCCGCCCCGGCCCCCCCCAGGGGGGAGCGCCCAAGGCCAUUGUGGUACCCUUCCUAGGCCCCAGGGCCAGGACGGCCCACUCCUACACCCACACAGCCAUCCUGCCAGGUUCCCGCAUAACCAUACACCCAAGCCUUUCACCGGCGGCACUUCAGCCGGCCCCGGCCCGCACUCCUGCGGCGUCCGGCGGCGAGAGGGCAAGGGGGGCCCAUGCCUUUCCGGCCUGA